GCGAAUAUGCGAUAAUAAGACGUGAAUCUAUGUUAAUCUGUUUUAUCUUCAGCGUUAUACAUUGUAACACCAAACGAAAGAGCGAGCUUUCGGAACACCCCGGAAAAGUAUCGUCAGUUUUUUAUUGCGGGUGCGAUAGAAUGGUGGGGGAUUGCUGUAACCAAUGAGCCCGCAAAAAGCGGCUCCUGCGCGAUGCGCGUGGCGCGCUGCGCCGCAUAAUCUUGCGUAUCAGUGAUCGGCAGUGCCAUCCAGAAGGCAGUAGGUUACGGGUUCUAACGUGGUGAAAUUUAAGGAGUCCUUAUUGGUGCGAUUGGUGAAAAAAGGAAACGUGUGAGGGGAUAGAGGGCACACGAUAGUAGGUGCACGAUACUCGCGAGUGUCGGAAGAUCUAGUGCCGAGCCAUCAUGGCGAAUCCACGAAAGUUCAGUGACAAGAUCGCGCUACACAAACAGAAGGAAGCACAGGAAAGAGCGGCGUUCGAGGCUAUCAUGCGAGAAGUUUCGGAUUACACAAGCAGAAUCCACUCGGCGAGCAGCUCGGUGUGCGCCAGUCCCACGGGAUCCGGGGUACUGGAGACUCCUUUGUCCGUGAAGAGUGCCGGCGCCAGUCCACCGCAGUCCAGCGGCAAACACCUGCACAUUAACCUGGGGAAUCAGUUCAGGGCGGGUGGCUCUCUGCCGAACGUUAACAACAACGCGAAUUGCGCCAAUGACGCGAAACAACACGCAUCGUCGCACAACGCCGCUAUUCACUCGAUCGACCUUAAGGAUCCGCCGUACCGCAACAACGAGAGGGGAAGGAGCAUGGGCGUCGGGCCGAUGCGGUCGCGUCCCAUGGAGAAGAGGCACGACACCUCGCCGUACAGCGGCGUCCCGUAUCUUUCGCCGCCGCCCCCGGACACGUGGAGGAGAACCAAUUCGGAUUCGGCCCUCCAUCAGAGCGCCAACGAAGCCUGCCAAUCGACCACCACCAUCCCCCAUCGGCGAGAUCAACACACCAUAAGCGGAUCCGGGAGCGAGAACAGAAACUUGCAUUACGGAUUCAUCGAACGGCCGAGAUCGUCCUGCGAGAUACCCCGAGUGCCUGGAAACAACAUAGAUCCGAGCUCUCAGCCAGCGGGGCAGCAAAUUCCCAUAGGGAACACGCGAUCGUUGCCCGACCUGGCCCAUUUCCAGUCGGAUCAAGAGGAUCACUCGAGCAGCACGCCGUUCAGCAACAACCAUUUAUCAGUGCCUGUUAACUCUAGGUUUCUUCACACGUGUAAGGGUGUGGCGUUGGAAAACAGCACAAGUACUUCGCAACAGGAUCUUCAGAGCUACUCGCAACAACCACCGAUGGCCCAGCCACCGACGGCGACCACCCACAGCCCGGCUGGCCACCACUACAUUUAUCCGCACAGUCCUGUGCCACCGCAAAGUCCAAAGUCGACAACGCAAACGCAGCAACCGCAGCUCAACUCGUUGGGCUCGUACAGGUCCUCGCAGCAGGUGAACAGGCCGUCGCCGCAGUCGUCGCCCGGGCUAACGAUUCAAGGGAGCCCGUUGAGCUACAGCAAUAAUCCAUCGGCGCCUCCCAGCCCCACGGGUCAUCCAGGUCCACCGAACUUGACGUCGGAGAGCAUCGACCAAAACAGUUAUUUUAUGAACCAGGCACAAGCGGCGGCGCUUCAACAGGAUUUCGAGCAGUUCACGAUGGAUUGGCCGAAAUUCGCGCAGCAGCUCAUGGAACUUGGUUGCACCUGGAGCACGCAGAUAGAGAUGGACACCCCUGUGCCGACCAACAUGAUCGGGACGUACAUCAGUUCGCCGAACCACACCACCAGUUACGCGCAGAACGACACGAUGAACGUCGGCGGUGAAUUGGGGAGCGGGGACGCGGGUUACUUCAGCACGAGCCCCCAGGUUCCGUAUCAGCCAGCGUCUACCACGACCGCGACGAGCAACAACACAACCACCGCCCAACAGCUCACCCCACAGACGCCCAACACACCGACGAUCAUCCUCACAGAUUUCUCCGGGGCGGACGAUCUUACGAAUCCGGAAUUCGUGAAGGACCUUGGCUCGGCGAUGAUGGGCGAUUUCGACCCGGACAUAUUCCCGUCGGACGACGCUCUGAGGCAGGGCCUCGACCCGAUCGACAUGGACGGUCUACAAAUGCUCACCGACCCGACCAUGGUUAUAUCGGAUCCAAGCGCCGAGGCCCAUUUUAGGCGGGACCGACUUUAAGGCGAGACAAUUUUCAGAUCAAUUUUCAGAUUAUGCGCUGACUAUUAUUAUCGUAGGGAAAA